GUCAACAACAUUUCUACAUCUUCAUCAUGGCGCCAAUAUAACAUUCCUGCCCAGAGGCGCGCAUACUUUUACGAAAAUUCAGCGAGAUAGAACGUAGAGACCUUCAUCAUGUCUACGAAAGCAGCCCUCAAAGCAGCAAAAACCGCGAUCGAUUCGAAGAAGUGGGAUGAAGCUCGCGAGCAAGCGAACAACGUGCUCGAAAAGGACCCACAGAACUACUUCGCCAAACUCUUCCUCGGUCGCGCCUACGAUGGUCUUGGGAAAUUCGACGAAUCCGCAAAAGCAUACAGUGAUGCAACAGAGAUCAAGCCCGAGGAAGCACAGGCAUGGCUUGGUCUGCGGGGCCUAUACGAAAAGCAAGGACCUGCCAGAGUUGACGAGAAUACGCGCGUAGGACUGAAACUGGCGGAAAUAUUCAUGGAAGCCGAUGAUGCACACAAGGCACAGAUUGCGAUCGAUAAACUGGUCGAUCUUGCUCGAAAAUAUGGCACCCCGCCCGCAUACGCACGCGCGCUCAAGGCUCAGCUACCAACUAGCCCCGUCUAUUCUUAUCUCGAGGGCCGCCUACCCAGCCCAUCGCACACAUACAUGAGGAUCGCUGAGAUAUACGAGAGGUCUGAAACGGAAACCAUAAAGAAACAAAUUGAUGAGCGUAAAACUCGGCUCGGAGCGACAAUAGAAGGCGUGACCACCCAGGUGAAGCAAGAGGUGUAUGGCAAAAGUGAGCUCGAGGAUAUAUAUCAGGAGAUCAUAAACUGGACAAAUGAUGAUGACCAGAGACGAGAGUAUGAAGAAAAGCUACUCCAGAUUGCCUACGAGCAUCUAUUAGUGCUGCCACCAGGACAGAAGGAGGAGAAGAGACAGAAGGUCAUGAAAUUGGCACACGAUAUGGUUGUUAUCAAGCAUCCAUUCUACCUGGCCUGGCAGAUCGAGCUAGAAUGGCGGUCGGGUCUAGAUAUUGCGGUCUAUUGAUAGGGCGACCAUGUUGAUACUUCAGGUAUCUCAACCAUUCAUAAACUAGGACGGCCGCAAUGGGUCUUGAGUGUCUGGUACACUGAGAACCCUGCCACCCCGGC